CCCUAGCAGUUGCUUUUGGUGUACUGUCACAGUUUAGUUUUCUGGUGUUAUGGCUGCAAAAAUUCUGGUUGCUGGUGAAGAUUUCAUUGACAUUGAAGUUAGUUCAUAUCCGAACGCUUUCUUCUGUCACUCACAAACCAGCAGAGAGUUUGAGUUUCAGAUGUCUUCUUCCAUUAAUAAUGUUGAAGACAACAGAUCAUUAUCAGAAGCCAUAACUUCUCCUGCUGAUGAGCUUUUUUACAAAGGCAAGCUUCUUCCUCUUCAUCUACCUCCCAGAUUACAGAUGGUUCAGAAGCUUCUUCAAAACUGUCCUCUUCCUGAUCAUUUUGAUCAUCAUCACAAAAACCCGACCUUUGAGUUUGAUCAUAAUGAAGAUGAUGAUGAUCAUCAGCUCUUCAGCACUCCUUUAGCCAGCACCACUAAACCCUCACCAACCACAACCACAUACAACACGCCAUUUGAGUCUUGUCAAGUCAGCAGAGAACUAAACCCAGAAGAAUACAUCUUCGAGUUUGAUGAUGAUGAUCAUCACCAUGAAAAGAAGAAGAUCAUCAACAACAAUAACAAGAAGUCAUGGACCAAGAAGUUCAUGAACAAGUCUUCAAAUUUAGGGUCCACAAUAAAGGCUUCGAGGGCUUACCUUAGAUCUCUCUUUGGGAAAUCUGGAGGCUGUUCUUGUGAACCCUGUUAUGCAGUUUCAACCAAAGUUGCAGAUGAAAGCUCAGCUUCAAAGGGAUUGACCAAGAACACCAUAAAAUCAGUGAAGAGAGUCCCAUUUGGACAGAUUUAUCAGAAAACAAAUAACAAAGGAAAGAGAACGAGUAGUACUACUGAGGAUGGAACUGGAAGUAAUAAUAAUCGACACAGGAGAUCAUUCUCAGUUGGGUUGAAGUUGAUUCAAUCUGGAAACAAGUCUUCCUCUUCUCCAUCGUUUUUAGUUCCGAGCAAAUCAAAUGGUGGAAUAGUUCAUCAUCAUCAAAACCUGAUGAAGAGGUGCUGUAGUACGAAUUCUGAGAGAGAGAAUUCGAUUCAAGGAGCUAUUGCUCACUGUAAGAAGUCUCAUCAGAGUAGUACUGUGACUGUGAGUGAUAAUAUUAUUAAUGGAGGAACAACAGGUUUAUGCUUGUUUUCUUCUUCUUCUUCUUCAAUCUCUGUCUGCGAUGAUUAACAAAGACGUGUUGAGAUUUGUAGGGGCUGAUCAUCAUCUCAAACUUUUUGAUUUGGUUCCUUGUAAUUCCUCUAGCUUAAUUUAAGAAUGUUCAGUUUGGU